UUCAGAGUGAAACUUCAGUUGUUUUUCUUCUUGUUCUGCAGCUGUAAGUUGGUAAAGGACGAUGGCAUCUGUUAAAGAGCUACUUGUGUACUCACUGAAGGAGCUAGAUGCUGCUGAACUGAAGGAUUUUCAGUGGUACUUACAGGAACACCAUGAGUGUAUAUCAAAGUCUGACAUGGAGAACGCUGAUAGGCUAAAAACAGUGGAUAAGAUGGUGGCAUGUUUUGGACCAGAAAAAGCUGUGAAGAUCACGUUGGACAUCCUAAACAAGAUAAACCAUAACUUGGCUAAAAAGAUAGAGAACAAACACAAGAAAGCUCAGGCUGAAGGCAAUACGAACGCAUCUGUCCCUGUCGGAGCUGAUUCAGAGCUGCAAAACUUCUUGAAAACUCACAAAAACAACAUGAAGAAGAAAGCUAAAUAUAUUUUUGAGGGCAACAAAGAAAACGAUACAGAUCUCAAGACUGUUUACACAGAACUGUUCAUCACAGAGGGAGAUAUGAAAGAUGUCAAUCAUGAACAUGAGAUUCUGAAGAUUGAUGAUGCUUUCAGGAAUAAAAAAACACUGGACAAACCAAUCAAAUGCAAUGAUAUAUUUACUGAACUGAGGAAAAAGAAUGAUGAGAAGAUUGUGCUGACCAAGGGAGUCGCUGGCAUCGGAAAAACUGUCUCUGUGCACAAGUGCAUCCUGGACUGGGCAGAAGGAAACACCAAUCAGGAUAUAGACUGUGUGUUCCUGCUUCCAUUCAGAGAGAUCAACGUGAUUAAAGAUAAAGAGAUCAGUCUCCAUGAGUUUCUGCUGAAAUUUUAUCCUGGAUUGAAAGACCUGGAGAAAUCAAAGUUAUAUAAAGAUUGUAAACUUGUGUUUAUAUUUGAUGGACUUGAUGAGAGUCGCCUGCCAUUGAACUUUAAAAGCGACACACUGGACACUGUUGAGGAAAGAGCAUCUGUAGAUGUGCUGUUUACAAGUCUGGUCAAAGGUAAGCUGCUUCCAUCAGCUCUGGUCUGGGUGACAUCACGACCAGCAGCAGCCAAUCAGAUCCCUUCAGAACAUGUGGGUUUGUUCACAGAAGUGCGAGGAUUCACUGAUGAACAGAAGGAGGAGUACUUCAGAAAAAGAAUCACAGAUGAGAGUCUGGCCUCCAGAAUCAUCUCACACAUUAAGACGUCUCGUAGUCUCUACAUCAUGUGCCACAUUCCUGUGUUCUGCUGGAUCACAGCCACAGUACUUCAGGAUAUUCUCACUGAGAAUGGUGAAGAGAACAUCAGCACAACUCUCACUGAAAUGUACAUUCACUUCCUAAGGAUACAAAUGAACAUGAAGAGCCAGAAGUAUGAUGAGCAAGAAGAAAAAGAAUGUGCCAAGCUCUUACGUUCAAAUAGAAAAAUAAUUCAGAAAUUAGCCAAGUUAGCAUUUCAACAGCUGAAGAAGGAAAACAUUGUGUUCUAUGAGAAAGAUCUGAAAGAAUGUGGUAUUAAUGUGAGUAAAGACACUGAGUUCACAGGAAUGAUCGCUGAGAUCUUUAAGAAGGAAAAUGGACUUUAUAAAACAAAGGUCUUCAGCUUUGUGCAUCUGAGUGUUCAAGAGUUCCUCGCUGCAGUGCAUGUGUUCAUUUGCUACCUGGAUAAGAACAGGCAAGAGCUUCGGUUUUUCUAUGAAGAUUCACAAAAUACAGCCAUACAAAAGGUUCAGUUCUUUUUUAGAAAUGUCAAAUUUCAUGAUUUAACAAAGAGGGCCACUGAUAAAGCCAUGCAGAGUAAGAGAGGACAUCUGGACCUGUUUUUGCGGUUUCUGAUGGGCAUUUCACUGGAAUCCAGUCAGAACCUGCUCAAAGGCCUGAUCACACACUCUAAAGAUACAAGUGUGAGCAUCAGACUAACAACUGAACACAUUAAGGAAUUACAAAAACAGAACAUCUCAGAUGAAACUUCAGUCAACCUAUUUUACUGCUUACUUGAGCUGAAAGAUAAUUCAUUAUAUGAGGAAAUCCAGACAUAUAUCAGUUCAGAUGCACAUCCAGGAAGAGAUCUCUCAUCUUCAAUGUGCACAGUGUUGACCUCAGUACUGCUGAUGUCAGAGAAGGUGCUGGAUGAGUUCAACCCAAAAAGGUUCACAUCACCUUCAAACUACAAGAGACUUCUUCCAGCUGUGAGAUGCUGCAGAAAAUCCCUUUUUGACGGCUGUGGUCUUGAUGAAACGUGCUGUGAAACUGUGUCUUCUGCUCUACAAUCAUCAAACUCUCAUCUGACGGAGCUGGACCUAAGUAACAAUCACCUGCAGGAUUAUGGAGUGAAGCUACUUUCUGAUGGACUGAAGAGUUCACACUGUCAACUGAACAUACUGAGAUUCUCCAUCUGUAACCUCACUGCUCAGUCUUGUGAGAGUUUGUCAUCAGCUCUUAAAUCCUCACACUCUGUCCUGAGAGAGCUGGACCUGAGUAACAAUGACCUGCAGGAUUCUGGAGUGAAGUUUCUUUCUGAUGGAUUGAGGAGUCCAAACUGUCAGCUGGAGAUACUGAGGUUGUCUGGCUGUAUGGUGACAGAGGAAGGCUGUUGUUAUGUGUCUUCAGCUCAGACUUCAAACCCCUCAUGCUUGAGAGAGCUGGAUCUAAGCUAUAAUCACCUGGGAGAUUCAGGGGUCAAACUGCUCUCUGAAAAACUGGAGGCCCCAAACUGCUCACUGGAUAAAUUCAAGUAUGUCAAGCAGGAAGUGGUUUAA